CUUCGCGACGGUCCACAGUGGCAGCCCGGAAGCGCGAGGUGUUGGGUUUGCUAUUUCGUCGCUCAAUUUUCUCGCGUCAAUUCGCGUGAAAAAGUCAAGUAUCUAAAUGUAAACGAUACGUAAGGCGCACUUAGGGGAUUCAUUCGCAGCGUCGUACAUCUCAGACCCGGGACAAGAUGUCGACGUCAGCAAUAUACAUUUUGGACGUGAAGGGCAAGGUGCUGAUCUCGCGGAACUACCGCGGCGACAUCGAGACCGGUGUCAUAGAAAAGUUCAUGCCGCUGGUGAUGGAGCGCGAGGAGGAGGGCAAUCUUACGCCCAUCAUUCAGACCCCGGAAUGUACAUACGCUUAUAUAAAAUAUAACAAUCUAUAUAUUGUGUCGACUACCAAAAAGAACGCGAACAUAUCCCUAGUAUUUGUAUUUCUGCACAAAGUGGUGCACGUCAUGCAGGAGUAUUUUAAGGAGUUGGAGGAGGAGAGUAUAAGGGACAACUUUGUCGUUAUUUACGAGCUCCUGGACGAGUUACUGGACUUUGGCUAUCCUCAGACCACCGACAGCAAGAUUUUGCAGGAAUAUAUAACUCAGGAGGGUCACAAGCUGGAGAUUCAACCCAGGAUCCCUAUGGCGGUGACCAACGCUGUCUCGUGGCGCUCGGAGGGCAUCAAGUAUCGCAAGAACGAGGUCUUUCUCGACGUGAUAGAAUCCGUGAACCUUCUGGCGAACGCCAAUGGCAAUGUCUUAAGCUCGGAGAUCGUUGGUGCCAUAAAGAUGAGAGUCUACCUGUCGGGGAUGCCGGAAUUGAGAUUGGGCCUGAACGACAAAGUCCUGUUCGAGUCGACGGGCCGCGGUAAAUCGAAAUCCGUGGAACUGGAGGACGUCAAGUUUCACCAGUGCGUGAGACUUUCCCGGUUCGAGAACGACCGGACGAUCUCGUUCAUCCCGCCGGACGGCGAGUUCGAGCUCAUGUCGUACAGAUUGAACACGCACGUGAAACCGCUGAUAUGGAUCGAAUCCGUGAUCGAGCGGCACGCCCACAGCCGCGUGGAGUACAUGAUAAAGGCGAGAUCGCAGUUCAAGCGCCGUUCCACGGCGAACAACGUGGAGAUCGUGAUCCCGGUGCCGAACGACGCGGACUCGCCCAGGUUCAAGACCACGAUCGGCAGCGUCAAGUACUCGCCGGAGCAGAGCGCCAUCACUUGGAUCAUCAAGUCCUUCCCGGGCGGCAAAGAGUACCUGAUGCGGGCGCACUUCGGGCUACCGUCGGUAGUCGGCGAAGACGUCGAGGGCAAACCGCCCAUACAGGUCAAGUUCGAGAUACCGUAUUUCACCACGUCCGGCAUUCAGGUGCGAUACCUGAAGAUCAUCGAGAAGAGCGGCUACCAGGCGCUGCCGUGGGUGCGUUACAUCACGCAGAACGGGGAUUAUCAGCUGCGGACGAAUUAGCUGUUCGUCAACGGAGCCGACGAGUAUCUCAGGAUCUCGGGUGUCUACGUCAUGCCCGGAUACGACGACUAGAAGAGAAUAGUCGCGUAGCAUACUCUCGAGGGGGUCGGAAUCGGUAAUCGUUUAUCCAUCUUGAAUUCGAAGUUAUGGCCAGUGAGAAAAAAAAUGCGUAGAACGCGAUUGUAAAAAUAUGAAUAUCGGGUUUUCGAGCACUGAUUCUGCCUUUUCGGGAAGAGAUUCACAUUCUGCACGAUUUAUAGUAUUUUAAUAUUCCUUUAGAACGGGCUAACGUGUCGAAAGAUCCUUUAAGAACACUUUGCAUUUGAGACACACUGUCUUAAGAGUACUUAAUUUAAAUGAGAUUCCAUUUCGGUGUCGCGAUCUUCAUACGUGUCUCAAUUUAUUUUUAAACAUGAUGACGAUAUAGGGACAGUGUCUAAUAACAUAUAAUCUCGCAAUAGAAUCAUGUAAAUAUAUCGACAAUUUAUUUUAUAACAUUUUCCUUCGACAAGGCGAAUUUACGAACGGGCGGGAGCUCGGUAUUGAUUUAAACUGAAUAGUAUUAUAUUGAUGAAGAUUAACUGUAUACCAACAUCAUGUUUAAUAAUCGCAAUAUUAUCUGUAUGUCGUUGCGACAUUAAUGUAAGAUAGCAUGGAGAUAUAUUAAAUUUUUAAAAGGAAUAACGCA